AUGACCUCUUUAGCAUUUUUGAAUUGUAGAGGUGCCAAUAAGAGAGAGGCUUAUCUUUACUUGAAGGACUUUGUUAAAAACUGGGAUGUGUUUUUUGUUGGCAUUGUAGAAACUAAAAUCUCUUCUUUAGAUAAAGUUGAGAUUAAUCAAUUUUUGGGUGAUGAGUGUGAUUUCUUCUUACAUCCCUCUGAUGGUGCCUCGGGAGGUAUUAUGAUUUUGUGGAAGGCUAAAUUAGCUAAAUUUACCUUGGCUCGGUCUUCUUCCCAAUGUGUGGUUGGGAGUCUUGACAUUUUUAACAAAGGUAUUUGGUUGAUUGCGACAGUUUAUGGCAACAAAAGCUUUCAUGAAAGGAGGAGGUUGUGGGACCAACUAGAAGAGUAUGGGGGUAUGGACAUACCUAUGGUAGUUGGAGGUGAUUUUAACUGUAUUCUAACACAGAGUGAGAAGAGGGGAGGGAAGAAAUUCUCGUUCUUCCAUGGACCUCAAGAAAUGUCUAAUUUCAUGACAAAGAUGGAUCUUCAUGAUGUGGGUUUGGUUGGACCAAAAUUCACGUGGUGUAAUAAUAAAACAGGGAAUACCCGUAUCCUUGAGAGGCUUGACAGGUGCCUCCUUAACAUUAGAGCAUUGGAGGUCAUUCAUAACACUACGGUGAGACACUUGGAGAGAAUCGCUUCGGACCAUUGCCCGAUUGUUCUAAAAAAUUUUAAUGUUCUGCCUAAACAUAACAGGUUGGUUAGAUAUGAGGAGGUGUGGGCCUCUUAUCUAGCUUCUCAAGCUAUUGUUAAGAAGACCUGUAGUAAAACGGCUAGAGGUGAUGCUAUGGAAGUUAUUAAUGUAAAAUGUAAAAGAGUGUUGAAGGCUCUUUAUCACUGGAGCAAGGAAAAACUUAAAAACUUUAUGGAGCUUAAAGAAACAUUGAAGAAGAAGAUUGCCAUCCUACAGCUUGAAGAAUCUUCUGACAUGGUGUUGUCCAUUGAAAAGCUGAUGAUGUUAAGAUCUAAAGUCUAUGUUUUUAAUGUGACAUUGACAAGAAUCAACACAUGGUGGAGACAAAGAGUGAAGGUUAAGUGGAUCCAGAAGAUGGACAUGAAUUCCAACUUCUUCCACUCUAUUGCUAAUGGCAGGAGGUCGGGCAAUACUAUUCGUCAGCUAAAAAAUGAUGAUGGAGUUCUUGUUGAAGAUCAGGUUGAGAUUAAAAGAAUUUUUCUUGAAUUUUUUAAGAAUAAAUGGAGAAGACAGAACUGUCAAUUGGAGGGAUGGCCACCAAGUUCGAAAAUUUUAUCUGAGGCAGAGGUAUUGAUGCUACAGACCAAUUUCACUAAGUCUGAACUAGAUAUGGAAGUUUAG